AUGAGCGAGCUGGAACAGUUACGGCAGGAGGCAGAGCAGCUGCGAAAUCAAAUCAGAGAUGCAAGGAAAGCAUGUAGUGACACAACUCUUGCGCAGAUCACAACAAGUCUGGACUCAGUGGGUCGAAUUCAAAUGCGAACAAGGCGUACGCUUAGAGGUCACUUAGCCAAAAUCUAUGCUAUGCACUGGGGAUCUGACUCAAGGCUACUAGUCAGUGCUUCUCAAGAUGGAAAAUUAAUUAUUUGGGAUAGUUAUACAACAAAUAAGAUGCACGCCAUUCCUUUGAGAUCCUCCUGGGUGAUGACUUGUGCAUAUGCACCGUCUGGAAACUACGUUGCCUGUGGUGGAUUGGACAACAUCUGUUCCAUAUACAACUUAAAAACCAGAGAGGGCAAUGUGAGAGUGAGCCGAGAGUUGCCAGGGCAUACAGGAUACUUGUCCUGUUGUCGCUUUCUAGAUGACAACCAAAUUGUCACUAGCUCAGGAGACACCACUUGCGCUUUAUGGGAUAUUGAAACUGGUCAACAGACCACCACAUUCACUGGGCAUACUGGCGAUGUGAUGAGUCUCUCUCUAAGUCCAGAUAUGAGGACUUUUGUUUCGGGUGCCUGUGAUGCCUCCUCAAAGCUUUGGGAUAUUCGAGAUGGAAUGUGCAGGCAGUCAUUCACAGGGCAUGUGUCAGAUAUUAAUGCAGUUUGUUUUUUCCCUAACGGACAUGCGUUUGCCACUGGAUCUGAUGAUGCCACUUGCCGACUCUUUGACCUACGUGCCGAUCAGGAAUUAAUGAUGUAUUCGCACGACAAUAUCAUCUGCGGGAUCACUUCUGUAGCCUUCUCAAAAAGCGGUCGCCUCUUGCUAGCAGGUUAUGAUGACUUCAACUGCAACGUGUGGGAUACUCUGAAAGGGGAGAGAGCAGGUGUCCUUGCUGGCCAUGACAACCGUGUCAGCUGUUUAGGUGUUACUGAUGACGGCAUGGCUGUAGCUACAGGGUCUUGGGACAGUUUUCUCAGAAUCUGGAAUUAACUGGGAGCCAAACAUGUACAUUCUCCAUUUGAGAUCUGGAGAGAUCAAUGCUGCAGCCUAUAGCUGUGAAAUAACAUUUCUACCUUGUAUUUGCAGGUGAAGUUUUUCUAUUCACUGAUUAUUACACAAAAAGGCUUUCUGUAAACUAGAAAAAAAAUCAAGUGAAGAAAUAGGGGAGGGGGGAAGAAAUCACUGACUUUUUAAAAGGGGCCAGCACACAUAAUCAUGGUGACCGACAAACUA